AACAAAUAUUAGUUUAUAUUCGACGGUAGUGGAAAACACUAAGUACUCGCUAUGGCGAGUAAUACAAGUAAUUCAAUAAAUUGGACUGAGCCAAUUUUUCCCCCUAUUGAUUCUCCUCCACCAGUGAUAGUUUAUCCAAAUGAUUCAUAUACUAUAAGCCAAGGUUAUGCUGCCUAUGGAUGCUUUAUUGCAAUAUUAUUGUUGGUUUUGUUUGCAGUUGUUAUAAAGAUUGCAUUAAAACGGAAACAACUUCAACAUAGAAAUGCAGCUUUAAGGAGAAAUAUAGCCCGUCAAAAUCAACUAGCAACAGUCAGCCGUUCCAUUGAUGCAAAUAGCAUUUAUUCAAAUGAUGGAGAAUCAAAUCGUCGUCGACGAGAUAGCGAUGCAACUUUAAAAAUCGAUCUACCUCCAACUUACGAAGAUGCUAUGAAGAAUUUCACAGAAUCCAGAGAAGUAGUUGCAACAUCACCAACAAUAAGUACUGAAGAACCUGUCGAAACAAUAGAUACUCAUGGAACUGUUGCAAUCGAAAUAGUUACGAUUCCAAAUUCUCAACAACGUAGUAUAGUAGUGUAAUAUUUGAAACCUUCCUUUCUUGAGGUUUAUAGUUGAGAAAAGAAGAAUGUAAA